UCGAUGUCCGAACUCCGAGUAGGUAUAAGUAGGUACUAAUUGUUUCAAACAAACUACCCAACUUAAGUAAUACAUGCAACCUUAUCAAAAAGCUAGUGUUAUAUAGCACCCAUUAUUGUUAUCGCUCGCUUACAACUUUUGUAAUCUUAUGCGACGACGACUGCAUCAAAAGCCUUCUUUUUCUUUUAUUACAAAUUCAUCAGCCACAAGAAGAAUAAUAAAAAAUACAUAAUUACCCCACGACGAGGAGCGCGCUCUCCGGCAAAUCAUUAUGCUAUAACUCAUUGUCAGUAGCGUUUUACUAAAUUGAGCAACAAAGAAAAUUGUUUUGAUAAAAAGUUGAUUUGAAGAAUUAAACAUGGGACUCUUAGCCCAUAUAAAACAAUCAAGAAUCUCGCAUCUUAUGAUAGCUAUUACCUUUUUUACAUCGGGCUUAAUUAUAAAUUUUUUCCAAUGUGUUUUAUACUUCGGACUGAGGCCUUUUUCAAAAUAUUUGUAUCGUAAAAUUAAUUACUAUCUCUGCUACUCAUUCUACAGUGAAGUGGUCUUUAUGGCAGAAUGGUGGUCAGGAACAGAUGUCACGAUUUACAUAGACAAAAAAGAUUUCGAAAAAUACUAUGGAAAUGAGCAUGGUUACCUAUUAAUGAACCAUAGUUAUGAAAUAGAUUGGUUAAUAGGUUGGAUGUUCUGUGAGCGUAUUCGCAUGCUCGGCAAUUGCAAAGCUUAUGCUAAAAAGUCCAUUCAGUACGUUCCAACGCUUGGAUGGGCAUGGAAAUUUGCUGAAAGUAUUUUCUUGGAAAGAAGUUGGGAAAAAGACAAAGAAACCAUUGGGGAACAAAUUAAAGAAUUAACCGAGUAUCCGGACACUAUGUGGUUGUUACUAUAUGCGGAAGGUACUCGUUUUACCCCUGAAAAAGCUGAGGCUAGUCGAAAAUUUGCUCAAGACAAAGGGUUACCGAUUUUAAAACACCAUUUAACUCCAAGAACAAAAGGGUUUACAGCAAGUAUUCCGCACAUGAGAGGAAAAGUUGGGGCAAUUUAUAACAUUCAAUUGGCAUUCAAACCAUCUGAACUCGUUAAGCCUACCAUGACAAAUCUUCUGCUUGGAAAAGGAGUUGAAGCACAUAUGUACAUAAAUAGAAUACCACUUGACAUGGUACCAGAGGGUGAGGAAGCUGCUGCACAAUGGUUACAUAAUAUUUAUCAAGAAAAGGAUCGCAUGGCAGAUAGUUUUAUUCAAACAGGAGAUUUUUUUGCAACAAGUGGCGUUACCAGAACUGAUACUUUUAAAUUAGAAAGAAGAAUUUGGUCUCUUGUUAACACACUGUUUUGGGCAACUGUUGUUCUAGUACCUAUGCUAUAUUAUCUUAUUAGACUUCUCUUGUCAGGCUCAACAACAUACUUUUGCAUAGGAGUUGGAAUCAUAGGUUUAUUCUUUUUAUUAAUGCAUAAAAUCAUUGGAAUGUCUGAGAUCAGCAAAAGUUCUUCAUAUGGAGCUGCCGAGACCAAAAAAGCAAAAUGAAGAAAAAAAUAAUAAAAAUAACACUUAUUUAUAAACAAUGCGAAAAAUUCAAAGCAGAGAAAUGGUUGUUUUCAAUUGCUGCAAGCAGUCGUGAUAUUUUUUCAGUGAUGAAUUAUUUGUAAAGAUAAACAUUGUUUUUUGUUAAUACUCAGCGUAGCGAAAAACAUUUUUAAUAAUUUUUACAUAGCCUAGAAAGAUGCUGUACGUGUUUGUGUAUGUGUAUAUAUACACACAAUAUUUUUUGUCUACUUUAUAUUUGAAUUGAAACAAAUCGUUGUUGUUACAUUAAAUAACUGUUGAAAUUUA